UACCCGCGGUUUGUGCCUCUCGCCGUGCCCGUCUUAAAGACAGAUAUAGCUGGCGAUUUCGAACUACAGACGCAGUUCUUUUGUCCUUAACCAAGUGGUCUAGGAAGCAGAAACGUGACAAACCACGAUGGCAGACUAUACAAUCCAGAAGGAAGCGUCGCGCAUCUUUCGAGACGUUCUGCUCCAAGAUGAGCGCCUCGGUCUCCCUUCUGAAGUGCAUGAAGCGGCGUCCCGAACCAUAAUUGAUACCGAGACACCGAUCGCCAAGCCGUUCCUCCCUGCGCCGACAAAGGCCAGCGAGACAAGUACAGCGCUCUGGGCUCUUCUUGCGACGUACGGGAACGCGAUCACGAAGCAGCGCUUCGGCAUCGAGCAGUCGGUCACCAUAAACAGCGAUGUGGCAACGCUAUUCAUCUUUGCAUUCAUGCUGAUCAAGUUUGGGGACAAGAGCAUCGACGACCCCAAGAUAGUGCCCCGCUACCAGAGGUAUGACCUGCAUAAGCAAUAUCUGCCAUGGCGGCGGCUCUGCACCAAUGUCUAUCCAACUAAAGAUGGAAGAUGGUUUCAUCUGCAUGGGAGUCUCGACUCAACGAAGAGUUUGCAGAUGGUGGGGCUUCCCGCUCAUGACGAUGAGAAAGAUGAGUUGAAGAUCAUCCAUCGAUAUUGCGACAAGAUCAGAGAAUACGAUGCGGAGUGGCUUGAUAUUGAGGCAAAUGAGCACUGGAGACAAGCAGGGUGCAUCGCACUGACAAAGGAGGAGUACCUUGCGGGUGAACAUGGUAAAGUGGUCGGGCAGGACCCGAUAUACAUAGUCGAGGCAUUCCCAGGCAAAACAUUGCCGCCGAUUCCGUGGCCGGAAAUCAAGAGUAAGGACUUUCGACCGCUCGAAGGGAUCAAGGUGCUCGAUCUCACCAGAGCCAUAGCUGGACCAACCAUUGCCAGGCUCGCGGCGCUUUUUGGGGCCACUGUAGUACGAAUAUCUAACGAUAACUUAUCAGAGUUGGGCGCUAUCUUGGUUGAAAGCAACCUUGGAAAGACAGACGUCGAUCUAGAUCUUAAGUCUGAUUCGGGCCGUGUAGCUUUGCUUGGUCUGCUUGAAGACGCCGACGUAAUCCUUGAUGGGUUUCGGCCUGGCGCUCUUGACCGUCUCGGCUUUGGCCCUAGAUACGUCCAUGAGUUUGCAAAAAGACGGGGCAAAGGGAUCGUAUAUGCACGCGAAAAUUGCUAUGGUUGGAAUGGCCCACUGUCCCAUCGUAGCGGUUGGCAGAUGAUAAGCGAUGCAGUGGUUGGUCUGUCCUGGGAAAUGGGUAAGUGGGUUGGUGUAGAUGAACCAAUCGUACCACCUCUGCCGAAUGCCGAUUUCCAGACGGGCAUCAUCGGUUGUGUGGGGAUUAUGAACGCGUUGGAUAGAAGAGCAAGAGAAGGUGGAAACUAUCUAGUAUCCAUGUCCCUCAACCAGUACAAUAGCUUCUUGUUGUCUGUAGGGUCUCAAUCCCCGGAUGCCCAGGAAGAAUUGCGGGAGAAAUGGAAGGAUAUGGAUUUCCGUCACUAUGACAACAUGAACAGGAUCUUGCGAAAGCUCGUGCCGGCGAUUCCGAAAAAGGUACCAGAAUUAUACUCGUCGACGUAUUUCGAGACAAUAUCAGCGGACUGGGGCAUAGGGCAAGAAAUGACCAUCCUCCGUCCAGCCGCAGAGUAUGAGUUGACCAAAUUGAGGUAUACCCGUGGGAGUUCCGAGAAAGGAGUACACCGUGCAGAAUGGUCAGAGUAAGAGUGUUAGAGAAGAGCCCAAAUUUGGAAGGCAAAGAGUACCUAGUGUUGAGCGCCAGGUGAAUUUCAUCGUACAAUCUUUAU